AUGGAUCGAACCCACCAACCCGAUUCAACGACCCGACCCGGAAACACCGUGGUCCUCUCAAUCGACUGUCUGAAAGGAAGCUCAAAAAGCGACGAAUGGAGCGGCGAUAUGCUUCAAACCGGAGAUAUAGUUGAAGAGAUCCGAAUCGGGUCAGGACCCGGUUCGGCUAUUUUCAAAGCUCCGUUUAAAGGAGGUAAAGCUUGGUUACAGAAAGUUCUACACAAUUCUUAUAGGAACAAAGAAACUUCGAUCGUUGUCAGAGUCAGACGCGGUUCCGAUGAUUUCUCCGAUCUAUCUGCUUGUAUUGUUCCUAAUGAUUCCGCCGGUAAAAAACAGUAUAUGCUCAGAUCCAUUGAUGACCCGAAUUAUACUGUCGGAUUCUCCGAUCGGACCGAGUCGGAUUGUCUCGGUUUGCAAGAUUCAAGAGGAUCAAGAAUGGUGGAAGCAUUGGUGAGAGCAAAACUUCAAGAUGGUUAUGUUUCAUAUCCAUGGGAAAAAAGGAUGCAAGACGCUUUACCAAUCUCUGGAUCCAGCAGUUUCCUCUCUGUUCUUUUUCUUCCCAAAGCUUCUGCUUAUGGAAGGGCUGGUUCUCGGUACAACGACUUGGAAGACACGCUUGCUCGUGCCAAUGCGUGGUUAAGCUGUUCACAAGCUAAUGGUGUUCCCAUUGUCUUUAUGAAUAUUCAGACUGAAUCUUUGCUCACAAAGAUAUCGGGAGAAACAGCGUCCGCGACAGUUAAUACUACCUCGCUUUCGGAUUUGUCGAAUCUUGCAAACGCGAGUCUUUAUGGGUUUGAGGAUUACCAUGGAGUUGAUAUUGGCGUGGUGAGAGCAGUUCGGCUUUGGUUCGCUCCUCUUGGUGUUGAGUUCCCACUCGAAAUCAAACUCAAAGAAGAAGAUACCAAACUCGGGUUCUCCAUUAGCCGCACUGAAGAGGGUUUCAUUUACGUGUCCUCAGUGACAGACCACGAAGACGAGAAUGCACCAGCCGCAAGAUCCGGCCUAAGCUCGUUAUACAGAGAAGCGGCCAAGGCGUCACGCCGUCUGGUGGUUUCACGUGUAGGCAGCCAAAAGGUAUUGCCUUGGAUGGUUUCCUCAACAGGAGCAAUCCGCUGCUACGACACUGUUUCCCUCAGCCAGAAACUGUCACUUCACCGUCACGCCAAAGUCCAUAUCAUACUCCACGUCUUCCUAUGGGACUCCUCCUCCUCUGCCACCGCGGUUUUCUCCUCACCUCCAAGGAGCAGCAGCGGUGGGACUCACUUGUUGUUCAGUAACGAAACGCUCGAUUCUGCGGAGUUUAUGAGGCCGCCGAGACAGGUGGGUGACAGACAGGUUAUGCCAUUGGCGGAUGAGGAUGUGUUUCGGUUUGAACGCGAAAAUGCGGGUAAUGCUUCGUUUAAGUUCCAAGAAAUCCCUUUUUCUAAUGAAUCCUUGUGA